AUGGUGACAUACGUCCUGUGGUCAGCAUUGGUAUGGACGUUCAGGGGGUUGCUGUUCACCUGGAGGUUUUUCUGGGUCAAUCCAUACCAUGCAAUAAAAACAUCUUCAAGGGGACCAUAUGGAUCAGGCCGUGGUGAUGCCCGUAGGCAUAAGCACAAGCUUCCCCUCCACAAACGGCUGUCAGCUGCUGAGGACGAUAUCCAGACUCUGAAGAACCAGCUCAACAGCCAGAGGGAGUUAUGGGAGAAGAGAUUCUACAAACUGCAGAAGAGGCAGCAGGAUCUACGGAACCAGUUGACCUCUGAGGCGUGGCUGAGUAGUGGCAUCUACCUAAAGCAGGAGGGGAUACAGAUACCCCGAGAGCUGCUGUUCGAGGCCGUGUUGGAGAAUGGACCACAAGGCCAAUUUGAUGAACCGGAUCCAGACCUUCCAAGGACCACACUCAGGAGACACGAGAUGAUGGCAUUUAGGGCCGAACAGAACAGUCCGAUGUCUUCAUCAGCAUGUGACUCCAGACCACCUUCAGCUUUGUCUGUAAACACAAACGCCAGUGUCUCUUCCUGGAGAAGUGGGUCUGGCCCCCACCGGGUCUUUGUGCCCCACUCCCCCAUGGACCUGCAGGUCGGCCACCGCGUCCGGGUUCUGCUGCCCUCGGGUCGGAUCAGCACCGGCGCCCUGCGCUACCUGGGCCCCGUGGAUGACGGCUCCCAGGACUACCACCUCGGAGUGGAGCUGGAGCGUGCUGACAAUGGCUCCCAGACGGGAGUCCACCAGGGACAGCACCACUUUGACUGGUAA